AGAUACACUCCAGUGAUGGCCAGUCGCCCGCCUGAAAAGGGCGUGGACCAGCAGCACCCCAAGGUCCUCCACCCCUCCAAGUCCUUCAGCCGUCUCGAGCCCUCCAAGAGCCCCCUCUCCCGCAGCCGCGCAAGCACUCUCCAAGGGCCCCCGGUGCCUGAUAUUCUCUUCCCCCAGGAUGUCGUGAUGUCCCCACAGGCUGAGGACGGAGAGGAGAAGAAGGACAUAUUUGCGUCCAAGGACGACAAUGAGUCCGUUGAUGGAGAGCUGGACGAGCAAGAUGCCCCGCAUAUCAAGUUGCCGGACACCUUCGAGGAGCUCCCCAUCGAGAUACGGAGUCUGACGGAGAGAUUCCUAGAGUCUCUAUCCGCCAAAGUCCAUCCCGCGCCCCUGUCUAUCGAUGCCCUCUCCGAUCUAUACCAAGACUUCUACUCCCGCGCCUCGUCCCACAUAGGAACUCACAUCGCAACCCUAAUCUCCCGCUUGUCACGAGAGCAGUCUACGCCUCCCAGUGCGGGCAAAGGGAGCAAACCAGCAUCUAUAAGUUCCCGGAAAGGGACCGACCAACCAUCGGCUGGUGAGCAGCAGAUGCUCACUCCCUCGGAAAUAUCAGACAGAAAGAAGGCCCGGCGGAUAUUGGAGCUUAAACGCGGCGCCCUAGAAGAAGCUGUGGAGCGAGCAGUGUGCGAAAAGCUGUAUGAUCGGAUAUGGCGCCAUCGGAGCACCGACGACGAGGAACGGGACCAGAAGCUGAGGUCCCGCACCGCUGCCUUAUCGUUGGUCGGCAUAGGCCUCAAGGAGCUCCUCGUAAACACAGACGAAGUCACCGAAGAUAUAAAAGAAAGAACCACGGAAAAGGAGCUAGAGAUCAAAGAAUGGCUGUCUGCGGCUAGGAUCGAUAUCCAGAAGAUGGAUAACGAGAAGUAUCCACUGGGAAAGCUGCAGCAUCUCACUGCAGCUCAUAAGAGCAUAGUCGAAGCGCUUUCAAAGAUAUUCCCGGCCACGUCCUCGGCUGAUGAAAUACUACCUACGCUAAUAUACUCGCUCAUUACCUCCCCUCCAGCCACCAUCAAUGUUAUCAGCAACCUCAAUUUCAUCCAGCGGUUUCGUGGUUCGAGCAAGAUGGAUGGUGAAGCUGCAUACUGUCUCGUCAAUCUGGAGGCGGCUAUAUCAUUCCUUGAAACUGUUGACUUGUCUUCUUUGCGGGCGAACGAGGGCCCUGAGGGCCCAGGGAAAUCAAAUAGCCGGCCUACAACUCCUAGAACCGAGAUGACGCCUAUGAAAUUGGGUCUUUCGCCCGUGGAAUCCCCUCCUAUUAGACCUAGUAUAUCUGGUGUUACAGCAUCGUCCAGCGACCUAAGUGGUUCCCCAACAACGACGAAGUCCCAACGCCGGCUGAGCAAUCUCAUCCAAUCACAAACAACCCGAAUCGAACAAGCAAGUGAUGCUGUUCGUGAGAGUAUAAUAGAUAGUGCCGAUCAAGCCCUCGACAGCAUCAACAGUACUCUUGAGAACAGCUUCCGCUUUAUUUUUGGCCGCUUGAAAGAGAAGGGGGCCGCACCGGGUCAGCCCGAGCCUUCGCUCCCAAAAACACUCGAGGAAGCCCGAAAGCUCGUUAGCUCACCUACGUUACCAGACGACGACAACGCCAGCGUGAGUGCCACUAGCUCCAUCGCUGAACAGGCCGACGAAACUCCCGAAGAGAAACCAGACCUCAACUCCAAGAUGGCCGAUAUCUUCGGUGGCCGCCGUCCCAUCCGAGACCGCAGUGUAGAUAGCACGAAAAGCGGAGGAAGCAACAACGGAAAGCGUGUCGCUUUCACCGAAGGCAAGGCUGCUAGUCCCACCCCUCCGAAACCAGAUCAAGGCAGCACAACUACCCCACCCGCGGGCAAUGCAGCCGUGGAGUCUAUGCGUAAUCUGGGUAACACACUGAACCCGCUCAGCCGCUUUCCAAACAUGAACAUGAUCCCUCGCUUUGGUCGCGUCAAUACUCCUCCUGUCGUGCCGCCGGCCGCCGGGGAUAAGGGGAAGCAGCUAUCAACUCCACCGCUCUCAUCCUCCUCGGAAGAUCUUUCCAAGGAGGCUCGAGCCAUUACCGCGCUAGAUGUAUUGAGGAAAACAACACCACCUGUAAAACGUUUCCUGGAGUUGAAGGAUGUUAAGGAACUGAAGAUUGGGGAAAUUGAAGAGCUACUGAAGGAAUAUCAACGGCUAGCAGGUGCUUUGAGGGCCGCGAUAAACUCAUGAUGCAUUCCUUCCAUCGGAAACCGGAGUCUGGCGUAGUGUUGGAUAGUUACAUCACAAGAUAGACUACAGCUCUGUUUGUAUAGAGAAGCGCCAUUGGGCUCUGCUUACAUCAUUCCGCCAAACAUCUGCUAGUGACUUGAUACGAUAUGGCAUUGUAAAUCUUUCUAAUGCAUAUUGAACCCUUCUUGUGAAGUCUCGCUAAAAAAUAUCAGCGAGCUGAGCUUACGUAUUGGUGCUCCGACCUGCAGCAAGCUAGAUAAUUCCGGUAG